AUGCAUCCUAUUUUUUGUUUACCUGAGAUUUUUGAUAUCAUGAUAAGAAUAGUAUUUUUGGAUAUAUUUCAAGAUAAUGUUAAUUAUUUGUCAUAUGCAAAGAAAAAGAAAGCAAUAAAAACACAUAUAAAAUCAUUGUUAUGUAUAAACAAAUAUUUUUAUAAUGUUAUUCGAGAAUACAAUUAUUAUUUUAUUUUCAAAUUCACAAUAAAAGAAAAUAUUAAAAGAGAAGUAAGACAAGAGAUUACUGAAGCAGUAAAAUUAACAUUAGAUGAAAUAUAUACAAUGAAAAAUUUUAACACAUUUAAAAAAUAUAAACGAGAUAAUGGUUUAAUUACUGAAUAUUCAAGAUAUUGUGCUAUGUAUUAUUAUACUUUAUAUUUAGAAAAAGGUUUUGAAGAUAAAAAGAAUAGUAGAAGUAUUUUAAAGUGGUAUCGAUUAUGUGCAUUAUAUGGUAGGGUACCAGAGUAUAAACAAUUUCUUAAGAAGUGUAAAGAAUACAAAGAAGAAAUUAUUGAUUUUUGUAAAAAACAAAAAGAUCUAAAAAUCGAAGAAGAUAUGGAUGAUGAUGGAAUAAACAUGAUUAAUGAAUUAGUUAUUAUGAUUGUUUCGUACCUUUAUGAUAUGGAUAUAUCAUUGUUCAAUUGUAUCAUGGUUUCAAGAACAUGGGCAAGAAUUGCGAUCCCAAUACUUUGGCAAGAUCCACUGGGGUAUUGCCAUAGACACUAUGAAGCAAUAGGAUCUUAUUAUAAAAAUCUUAAAAAUGUUGAUUCUUUAAAAAGGAUUAUAUAUUAUAAUCUGAAUGACAAAGAACAAAUAAUAUUACAAAAAUAUUUUCCAGAUAAAACAUAUUCAAAUACACUCUUUAAUUAUCUAAGUUAUGUGAAAUUAAUCGAUACAAAAUCUAUCGUAUCAUUGAUUAAUAAAAAAGUCAUCAAAACCAUUACACAUUUAUUUUUAAGAAAAUCUAAUAUAAUCAAAAUUAUUAAUAUCGCACAUAUUUAUUUUUCAGAUUUGGAUUUAAACAAAUUUGAUAAUAUUGAUAAUUUGAAAAUUUUAAAUUUGUCUCAUAUAAAUUUUACUUUUGAUUAUUCGAUAUUGUUCAAGAAAGUUCUGAAAAUAAUACGACUUGAUUUAAAUUGGGUAGUUUAUGAUGAAAAUUUAUAUAAGAAUAUUACUAUAUUACAAAAUCUUAGAUAUCUCACAUUGAAAGAUUCUGUAUAUGAUAUUGAUGAAAUUUUAUUUAUUAUAAAAAAUAUGAAAAAAAUUAUUUGUUUAAACGUGAUUAUUUCUGAAUAUUAUUCUAGAUAUAAAAAUAGUAUGCAAAUUAAAAUUGAAAAGGAUAAAAUAAACAAGAUAAAUGAAGAGUUUAAGAAACAUAAAAGUUUGAAAACUAUGAUAUUUAAGGUAGAAUCUGAAAAUAUUUAUUUAGAAUUGAGCAAAUCUCAA